GGAAACAUGGCGGCUACAGGAGAGGGCUGUGAGCAUUAUGUUCGCAAAUGUUUACUGAAAGCUCCGUGUUGUGAAAAGUUCUACGUGUGUCGACUUUGCCACGAUAACGAGGAGAAUCACCAAAUGAACCGGUUUCUGGUGAAGGAGGUGAAAUGUGCCCUGUGUGACUCCAUUCAACAGGCGCAGCAGGCGUGUCAGGCGUGUGGCGUGACGUUCAGCGAGUAUUUCUGCUGUAUCUGUCACCUGUACGAUAAAAACAAGCAGCAGUUCCACUGCCAGCCGUGUGGGAUCUGCAGGAUCGGGCCGAGAGAGAAGUUCUUCCACUGUGAUAAAUGUAAUUUAUGUUUAGCCAACGACCUGCAGGGUAACCACAAGUGUGUGGAGAACUCGUCGAGGCAGGACUGCGCCGUGUGUAUGGAGGACAUCCACACGUCCAGAAUCGGCGCUCACAUCCUGCCCUGCGGUCACCUGCUGCACAGGAUUUGUUUUGAAGAGAUGUGCAGAAACGGGGUGUAUCGGUGUCCCCUGUGUAUGCACACGGCGCUGGACAUGGAGAAGGACUGGGAGGACCGGGACGUGGAGAUCGCUCAGACCCCCAUGCCCCCCGAGUACGAGAGGAAAUUAAAGAUCCUGUGUUACGACUGUCAGGGCCGCAGCACCGUCGACUUCCACGUGUUGGGGAUGAAGUGCGGCUCCUGCGGCUCCUACAACACCACGCAGGAUUGAUACGGCCUUCAGAUCAACCACACCCAUCCCAGCAUACACGGCAACACCAAUAAAUCUCCUCCGUCCACUCACUGCUGCUAAAGUCUCAGCCUGAAGCAUCAACGUCUCACAGAAACAAACGUCCUCCUGACCGAUUAAACUCUGGGUGCUCAGUGUGGUGGGGCUGCAUUCACAAUCACAGGUUCAAAUCAGUCUGAGAGGCGCUGGUGUGAAUGAUGAACCAUAAUGAUGUGUAUUAAAUACGUUCCAUGGGUUUUAAUCAUGGACAACUGUAGCCUAGUGGUGAAGGUACUGGACUAGUAAUCGAAAGGUCGCUGGUUCAAGCCCCACCACUGCCGGGCCCUUAACCCUCAAUUGCUCAGAUUGUACACUGUCACAGUACUGUAAGUAACUUUGGAUAAAAGCGUCUGCUAAAUGCUGAAAAUGUAAAAAUCAUCAAUAAAUGCACAGAUGUCACUACA